AUGGCCACAGAUAAAGUGGUUAUUGAAGCCCAAAAGGUGGAGUCCUGCAUGGCAGCGGGGUAUGGUGACACCUCUAUUCAAGUGAAGAUAGUCCAGGUUCCAGCCAAAACUGGACCCAUCACCGCUGUGCAACCCUCACCUACUGCAGCAGCUGCGACAAAGGGCGACCCUGCCCCUGGCCCACCUAAAGUUGUCCCCGUUGGCCGGGGCCACCGACCUGCCUCCACAGUCCCAGGCCGACAGACUUCCUCUCCUUCUGUCAUGAUGAUAGGAAAGGUUGCCGCCCAAGGAGGAGUGAGUUCUAACAGCCAGCCACAGGUAGCAAAACCAGCUUUGAGCCAGGUGGGCUCCCUGAACCAGACUACAACUCAAGGAAGGACUGUGAUGAUAACUGUCCCAAAGGCUGCAGCUCCACAGUCAAUGGCUGUGGCCCCUCAGCGUCCACAGACUGCUUCCCCACAGUUCCCAGCCAAUAUCCAGAUACCACCAGGUAUGAUGUUGAUCUGCAGUGACAGUGGUCAGCUGAUGCUGGUCUCCCAUCAGGCUUUGGCACAGGCUCAGCAGGGACCAAGAGGCAUCAGUGGUCAAGCACCCAGAAUACUGACCCCACAGGUAUCUGCAGCCGCUGGAACUAAAAGUAAUGAGAAGGUGACAGUGAUCAGGAUGGCAGCCCCUCCCAGUUUGCAGACAGCAGCAGUCCAGAAGACAUCUGUGGUAAAGGUGAUUGGUGUAGCUCCCAAAGCAGCUGUAGUCCAGAACCUCAGUGCUGUGACUGAGCAGGGGAGCCAGCCUCGCAUUCAGGCGGUCAUCACAGAAACCAAAAAGGAGCCAGCAGCCACUUUUAGUCAGGAGACCCUGGAAAGUGUGAAGAAGUGCAAGAGCUUCCUGGUGACUCUGAUCAAGCUGGCAUCCAGUGACUCCCGGUCUGCCAACAUGGCUAACAACGUCAGAGGACUCGUCAGGAGUCUGCUGGAAGGAAAACUUGAAGCAGAGGAGUUUACGGAACAGCUCUAUCGUGAGUUGAAGUCGACUCCACAGCCCUGCUUGGUGCCUUUCCUUAAGAAAAGUCUUCCUGCAGUGCGUCGCCUUACUGCAGACCCCCAGUCAUUUAUCCAACAAGCCUCAACUUCCACCCGCAACCCCAACACUUUGUCCUCCACCAUUAGGCCUUCUGACACAGCACAAAACCUCUGUACCAGCCAGCAGGUUUUCCAGCAGCCUCGAGGAGUGACUCUGAGACCUGGGCUGAUGACAUUAGCCCAGUCCAGAAAUGAUAUAUCUAAGAGCAGCAGACCCAUCCCCAAACACGCAGUGGUCCAGUCUGGAAAACACCUCACAGGGACUUUUUCACUGAAGCAGCCUUUCACUCAGGAUCCAUCACGGCCCACCAAAUUUGUUUUUAAGGACAGUUCAGGAUCUUACAAAGAAGAUGAUGACAUUAAUGAUGUGGCCUCCAUGGCUGGAGUCAACCUGAGAGAGGAGACAGCACAGAUCUUGACCACCAUGGUUGGCACUGUGGUGCAGUCAUGCCAGGAUCAGCCGUUCCUCUCGCCUAAGCCAGUGCUCAGCCGAAUCCUUCAUACAGGACAGGCACUGGGAGUAACUGAUGUCAGUCCAGAGGUGGUAGCUCUGGUUUCUCAUGCUACGCAGAAGUGUCUCCGUGGGCUGAUAGAGAAGCUUACUUUGAUGGCAGAACGCCGCAAGACAGCCCUGAAGGAGGACCUGUGGCAUACCAAAGUGAGUGAUGUACGCUCCCAGCUUCGCUUCCUGGAGGAAGUGGAGGCUUUGAAGAAGAAGAAAAAAGAUGAAGAGGAGAGAGAGAGACUCCUGCGUUUGGCCAGAAGUCGCUCACACACUGAGAAUCCACAGCAUCAGCAGCUCAAGCAAAGAGCCAAAGAGCUACAACAAAUAGAAGAAGCUCAGCUGCAGCAAAGAAAGGCCAACCUCACCGCUCUGGCUGCCAUCGGGCCUCGCAAGAAGAGACCUCUGGAGCAGACUGAGAGCCAGGUGACUCUGCUGCCCAGACAGGGUGUUCAGAGAGUGACUCGGGUCAUGCUGAGGGAUUUGCUGGUGUGCAUGGAGCAGGACUACUUCCUUCGCCACUCUCUCACUCUCUACAAAGCGAUGCUCUGA